AAAGCUGCUGACUAUAAAGACUGCGCUCUGCGCCCGCCGGCUCGCACUGCUGAGGAGCGGAGCCUGGGGCCGGGGUCUCCUCUCCCGGGCUGACCCCCCCAACUGCGCGUCUGCACCCCACCCGGCGGCUGAUCCCCGCUGGCGCGGCGGUCUCUGCUCGGCGGAAGAAUCUCCGGUGGUCACCCAAACCCCGCGCCACAGGCUCUUUGAAUCUCGGAAUUCGGGGCGGCCCCCUCCCCCACUUCUCUCUCUGCUUCUUUGCACCCCGAUUUGUACUGCGUUUCGCUCCGGUUUGGCUGCCGUCUAUUUUUGCAUCCCUUUUCCUUUGGCUUCUAGGAGGUGGGGUGAAGCGGCACUCGUACCCCUUCCCUUUUUCAUCCUCCCCUGCUCUGACAACCCCCCCUUUUUAUCGCAGUUGGGGGGGCCUAGGAUCUGUGCAUCCCACGCCGCGUUGCCAGCAACCCGCAGCGCGUGGCCGUGCACCCCGGAAUUCGCAGCAGCUGCAUAGCUGAAGGGGGUCUCCCUCGCUCCGGCUGCCUUUGCUCCCGGAGCAUUCCGGUACGUGGGAGGGGGGCUACAGCGCACCGCACCCCAGCUUCUCCGUAGCCCCCCGCCCCGCGCGGUCCUCGUCCCCCGCCGCCAAGAUGGUCAUCCAGAAAGAGAAGAAGAGCUGCGGGCAGGUGGUUGAGGAGUGGAAGGAGUUCGUGUGGAACCCGCGGACGCACCAGUUCAUGGGCCGCACCGGGACCAGCUGGGCCUUUAUCCUCCUCUUCUACUUCGUCUUCUAUGGCUUCCUCACGGCCAUGUUCACCCUCACCAUGUGGGUGAUGCUGCAGACGGUCUCUGACCAUACCCCCAAGUACCAGGACCGACUGGCCACACCAGGCUUGAUGAUUCGCCCCAAGACUGAGAACCUUGAUGUUGUCGUCAAUGUCAGUGACACUGAAAGCUGGGACCAGCAUGUUCAGAAGCUCAACAAGUUCUUGGAGCCUUACAACGACUCCAUCCAAGCCCAAAAGAAUGAUGUCUGCCGCCCUGGGCGCUAUUACGAACAGCCAGAUAACGGAGUCCUCAACUACCCGAAACGUGCCUGCCAGUUCAACCGGACCCAGCUGGGUGACUGCUCUGGCAUCGGGGACCCCACCCACUAUGGUUAUAGCACUGGGCAGCCCUGUGUCUUCAUUAAGAUGAACCGGGUCAUCAACUUCUAUGCAGGAGCAAACCAGAGCAUGAAUGUUACCUGUGCGGGGAAGCGAGAUGAAGAUGCCGAGAAUCUGGGUAGCUUUGUCAUGUUCCCUGCCAAUGGCAACAUCGACCUCAUGUACUUCCCCUACUAUGGCAAAAAGUUCCACGUGAACUACACACAGCCCCUCGUGGCCGUGAAGUUCCUGAAUGUGACCCCCAACGUGGAGGUGAACGUGGAAUGCCGAAUCAACGCCGUCAACAUCGCCACAGAUGAUGAGCGAGACAAGUUUGCGGGCCGAGUGGCCUUCAAACUCCGCAUCAACAAAACCUGAGACCCCCCCCUUUCUCCUGUCCCCCCCCUCUUUCCUGUGGAUGCUUCUGGAAUGUCCCUUUUCCUUUACCUCUGAACCCAGCCUGAUUGAUGUCCGUUGUGAUUUCCCCACUUUCACACAUUUUCCACCAUCUUCUCCCAACCCCACUCAGUCAAAGAUAGAAAGGUGGGAUCCCAAGAUGGUCAUGUUCUGGUUCUGGUUUAGCUGUGAGUGGGGUGUCCCCACAGCUAUCCGCCUAUCCCCUGAGAGAUAUAGAAAAUGCCUCCCCAUCUUCACACGCACAUAAACGCAAUCUCAUGUCACCCCUUAGCUUCCAGACAGGAAUGGGGCACUCCACUCUCCCAGUCCUGAUGCAGCCGCUGUCACCUUCCCCUAUGUCCCACACUCCCCUACUAUAUACACUUUUGCUGUCUUGGUGGCUUUUAAUUUAUCUGGUUUCUCUGGUAGGUCUUUCUCCACCUCCUCUCCAUCCCCAUUCUCUUUUCAGGACAGUUGGCUCCGUAGUCUUUUCCCUGUUUCCUGGUACAUCCAUCCCACUUAUCAUCCUAAGGUGACAGUGUGAGCUGGGAGUGAGGGUUUGGAAGUCUGUAUUGGUCUCUCUUCCUGGUCUCUAUCGCCCAAAUAGGCACCGCUCAGAGGGGCAGGGUUGACCUAGGCUGAAUAUCCACUUUGUUUUUUGCAGAUGGCUCCCUUACCCCUGUCGGCUUUCCCAGGAUAUCCUUCAAGUUCCACUUCCCAAGAGCCCUGGGGGAGGGGCGGCCGUUUUGGAUCUGUCCCCAGUGGCCACCUUGGGAACGUCAGCAGCUCUGGGACUAUUCCACCAGCUUCCCUGGGCCCAGAUCUGCCCCCACCGUCCUCUUGCUGGUUCCUCUUAGCAAUUUAUCAACUAAUCACUAACGCCUACCGUUUCCUCUGCAUUUUAGCCUGAAACUUGCAAAUACCCCCUCCAUUUAGGCCCUGAAUUGCCUGGCUCUGUCUCCUUCAGAUCUCUUUGCAGUUUCAAACAACCCCCUAGUGCCCAUAGAAUUGUAAAAGAGGGACCUUCUGUAUUCUUGCUUUACAGAGGCCUUUUACUGUCUCCUCCAGUGCCAUUUGUUCACUUCCUCACCUCUCUAAUCUCCCCCCACCCCUUUUUUUUUUGAUGCUGCAGCCUCCACACCCCACCCACAGAUGGACCCUCCCCUUUUUUCUCUUGCUGGAUCUGUUUCUUCACUUUGGGUCCCCAUGUUUUCCUGCACUUUCUCACCCCAGUGGUCUCUCUCCGCAGUUAUUUAAUGCCUGUGUCAGAUCUACUGUAAAAAGAGAAUUAAGUACAAUAAAAUGAGAGCAAUUAUAUAUAUAAAUAUAUAUCAUACAUGGA